UGAGGAUGGUGUAAAAGAGACCGGUGAGCCACAGCGGGCGCUUGUCUUUUCGUGCGCCUUCCCGCCAGACCUCCGUGUCUCUUGGAUUUAUUUUGUUUUUAUUGUUCGUGCGUGAUUUAAUUCACAAAAAUAUCCUCUUCAAACUAAAACAUUUCUCCAAGGCCUGGAUCUUGCCAUCCGGUCUCCGUUUCCGGCCGCUUCUAGGAAAUAGGGCUGCGGAGCAAUGGCCUCUUCAUCAGGGAACGAUGAUGACCUCACUAUUCCCAGGGCUGCCAUCAAUAAAAUGAUUAAAGAAACUCUGCCCAAUGUUAGAGUAGCCAAUGAUGCUCGGGAACUGGUGGUAAACUGCUGCACGGAGUUCAUUCACCUAAUCUCUUCCGAGGCGAAUGAGAUCUGUAACAAGUCAGAGAAGAAAACCAUAUCGCCCGAGCAUGUCAUCCAGGCACUGGAAAGUUUGGGUUUUGGUUCCUACAUCAGCGAGGUAAAAGAUGUCCUGCAAGAAUGCAAAACUGUAGCAUUAAAACGACGAAAAGCAAGUUCUCGUCUUGAAAAUCUUGGCAUUCCUGAAGAAGAGCUUCUAAGGCAGCAACAAGAACUAUUUGCAAAAGCAAGACAGCAGCAAGCAGAAUUGGCUCAGCAGGAGUGGCUACAAAUGCAGCAAGCUGCUCAACAAGCACAACUUGCAGCUGCAACUGCCAGCGCUUCAAACCAAGCCGGUUCCUCUCAGGACGAGGAAGAGGAUGAUAUUUGAGUAUUUCCAGCUAUGUUAAUAUCAACCUUUGAAUAUUUUUCGCCUGCACAAAGAGAAGUGGAAAAUGCUUAAUUGUAAAUUUUUUAUGCAUCUUGGUGGACUGGUUAUUGAUAUUCUAGGGAUGUCUGUUAAGUCUCCGCUCUUGUAUGCAGCAUAAAUGUACAAAUAUCCUUUUUGAACUGUUAAUAAUAAGGUUCAGUAUCAUAUCAAUAGAGAAUUUUUAACAGCCUUUAUGAGAAUUUUAUAUUAGCAAUCAGUCAUUAACUUGAACAAUAAGCAGUGUUAAACCAGAAUACAUCUUUAUUAAAUAUAGCGAGAUUUAUACAGAAACUCUAAAAUACAUUUGCAUUUCCCUUUUAACUAAGCUUAAAAAAAUUCUUAGGGGUUUUUUUUUUAAUUUUGUGGGUUGGGUAAGGGAUGUUGGCUUGUCUGGCAGGCACAUGAUGAAGUCAAAGAUCACUGUCAGGAAAGUGUGUCUGUAAUACUGAAUUUUAGGGGAGGAUGUGAAAACUUUGUACAGGGCAAAAACAUUGGAUGCUUUGCUAUGGGCUUUGCAAACCAAGGAAUUUAAAACUGUGUCAGUAGAAGAAACAUUGGCCCAAACAUGUUGACUGGGGAGGGAUCUUUUUUUAGAAAUUGUCAUGGUAAUUGCGCUUUUUCUUUUUUUUUUUUUUUUUAAGACCCUUUAAGAGUUAAUAAAAAGGACAUGUGAAAUCCAAGCUCUUUCUAAAAGGGGAACCACAACUAAAAACUGCAUCUGGUGCAAAGUAAAUAUGUGAAGGAUGGUAUUAAUUAUAUUUGUGGUUGUAAGUAAAUUCAUUCUUUUUUACCCCAAAACAACAUGUUAGGGAUUUUUUUUUUUUUUAAAUUUACUCUGGCACGUCACAUCUAUAAAUUGUUGUAUAUUUGUAUUUUUAAUUGUAUUUGAUUUGAUUAGUUCAUUGCUGUAUGGUCCUAGUUAGCAUUUAUCCUGCACCUUGAAUUUAGUGACUGUAAGUAAAUAGGGACUUGUGUUUGCUCAGUGUCACAAUGUAACAAGAUGCGCGCACACACACACAUAUAUAUAUAUUAGUAUGAAAGGCAGCGCACUCGCCCAAAAAAA